AUGGUGGUAGAAGAAUCAAUCCAUGUUGUGUUCGAUGAAUCGCCGAAAAUCAAUGAAGCAGAUGUUUCGAAAAGUGAUAAUUCUAAGAUUGGCCAUCAAGGCGUGCUAAACACAAGAAAUACGAAUGAAGUUGCAAGGGAGCAGGAUGAGGAACAGGAUGACCCUGAGGAUGACAAUCAGGAUGAGGAGGUUAACAAAGAAAGCAAUGUGACAAAUCAAGCUACUCCUAUCUCACACGUGAACAAUUCCUCACCACCAACCAACUCCCAAGACAACUUUCAACCAGAUCUAAGAUGGCUUAGAAAUCACCCUCAAGAUCUCGUGAUUGGAAGAGUACAAGACGGCGUGAAAACAAGAUCUGCAACACGAGAUACUCUAUUCGCAUGUUUUCUAUCUCAAAUCGAGCCAAAGGAAAUUGACGAAGCUCUAAGUGAUCCAAGCUGGAUUGAAGCCAUGCAAGAAGAGCUAAAUCAAUUCAAAAGAAAUGACGUGUGGGAGCUCGUUCCUAGACCAGAAAAUUACAAUGUAAUAGCGUACAAGAAUUUCACGGUCUAUCAAAUGGACGUGAAAAGUGCAUUUCUUAACGGCUUACUUGAAGAAGAAGUCUAUGUUGAGCAACCACCCGGAUUUGAGGUACAAGACCCGACAUAUCUUACUCAGUGGGUGUAUGUGCUAGAUUCCAAUCUAAGCCGAAAGAAAGUCAUAUACUUGCUACCAAGAAGAUCAUUCGUUAUCUCAAAGGAACAAUCAAUGUCGGAUUAUGGUAUCCGAAAGAAGAUGAAGCAACAGUUGAAAGAUUACAGUAUAAAUUGCGAGGACGUUAGUAUUUUCUGUGACAAUACUAGUGCGAUUGCAGUUUCUCAAAAUCCAGUGCUUCACUCAUGGACAAAACACAUCGACGUACGACAUCAUUUUAUUCGUGACCACGUCGAAAAGAAGGAUUUUAGAAUCGACCAUAUUCCCACGGAGAAUCAAAUUGCCGAUAUUCUCACGAAACCGUUGUGUGAAUCUCGAUUUGCAACUUUAAGGCAUGAGAUGGGCAUGAUCGAAAUGAGCUAA